CCCGCGCUACAUGUCGCUGAUUUUUAAGAUGAGACUGCCUGCACACAAGACAGCAAGGUCGUGCGUUAACGCGCUCUGAUACAACACUGAGCCGACUGCCGCGCAAAGCUCCCGAGACGCAAUUCAAACAGUGACUGCGCUGGCGAGGCUGUUCCUUCUUUCUCUCUUUCAGACUCACAUACACACACCCCUUGAACACGCACAUUCGCGUUCAGUUUGUUGAGCUUGGGGAUCUAGUGACUUAAUUUGGUGUGCAAGACGAAUCCCACAUCAGAGAGCAAUAGAAGAUAAGGACACCGUCAGAUCGCGCAAAUCAGAUGCAUUAGCUCAAUGGCGGUACCAGUGAACUUCUGUUGUCUAACUAUCCUAAGCGCAUACUUUGCGCUUACGGCUCAAGCGGACUGUGGCACCGACUGUGCGUUCUGCGCAGUGCAGGAGAGAUUCCGAAAAUCCGAUAUCAACCCAACAAUGUGCAUGUGGCAGUGCGAGGCUGACUUCUCCGGCGGCAGCUCAUGGGGUCCAUGCCGAGACCUCCUGCAGAGCUCCAGCACAGCUGCCACUGAGAGCGAGGACCUGCCUGUCGAGACAGAGCCGCAGGAUUCCGCCCAGCACCAACUGGCAAAGAAGUACGGCGGCUUCAUGAAGCGUUACGGCGGGUUCAUGAAGCGUUACGGCGGGUUCAUGAAACGCUACGGCGGGUUCAUGAAGAAGAGCGACGAGACGUACGGUCUGUCAGCCAGUGACGUCAUCAACGAUGACGUUGACCACGGCCGAGAGAUCCUGACGUUUCGCACGGAGCGGGGCGACAGCGAGAAGGGCACAGUGGACGCUCUCAGCCUGCUGAGGGAGCUGCUCGCCGCCAAGGGCGCGGAUGAGGCAGGCGGCGGGAGCAUGGCCAAGCGCUACGGGGGGUUCAUGCGGAGGGCCGGCGUGUAUGACUCUCUGAGCGGGGGGGCCCGACCCCUGCAGAAGCGCUACGGCGGCUUCAUGCGGCGAGUGGGCUGGCCCGAGUGGCUGGAGGAAAGCAAGCGCUACGGGGGGUUCAUGAGGCGCUCAGCUGGGCCCGAGGAGGGGGUGGAGGAGGAGGUCGGUGCGGAGGAGGAGGAGGGGGCGCCGGAAGAGCAAGAGCCAGACAUGGAGAAGAGGUACGGGGGAUUCAUGGGAUACUGAGCUGCCUACAGACUGAUCGACUGAUUGAGACAUCUUCGGUUCUGCCCCCUCCGUUCUCCUUGUAUCUGUUCUGGUUUUGGUCCUGUUCUGCUUGGUCCCGGUUCUGCUCCUGCUGAGUCCUCUUCUUCUUGUUUGGCUAUGUUCCCCACCUGACUCCAUCCGCUGAGACUCCAGACAUGUGCAUGUCUGCAGGCGUCCACUCGGAUAGUGAAACAUAGACAUGUG